AUGGUUAUUGAGAUUGCAAUUACAAUGUGGGGUUUAAAAUCGAGGGCAACUAUGCGUGAAAACGAGGCUUUGGAUGCGUUUUACAGAAGUCGCGGUAUUCAUAUGCAUGCUGACUCGCAUAUUAGGAGACGAGGCGACGUAUACCCUGGAUUUCCGCUCUAUAGUGACAGAACCAUAAAAGGGAUAGGUGAGACAUCGACUGUAAAUGUUGCUACAAUACCUCAGACAUUAUCGCAACAAGGAGUCUCCCUGUCAAUAUCCAAUAAGGAGCAUCACUCCAAAUACUCAAAGGAUGAUCUUUGGGUAGUAUCGACUACGCCUCAAUUCGAUGCUACCUCAACAUUUUUUGCAAGAUCUGUAUUCUAUGGGCCAUCAGGAAAUGAUAUCGAGUUGAUGUGUUUAUCAUCCAAGGAUUCCAGCAUUGCUAGGGACAUAUGCGUGAAUUCCACUACCGUCUGCGCAAUAAAACUCUUUAACGCCAUGUCAGAAUUCAUGAUGCUUGACAACCUCGAGAACAGUUUGACUAGGACGCCACUAUUGCCUGUUUUGCUUAACUAUGUGCCUCCAGAACUUGUUAAAGCAUCCAAGACUUCGGUUUUUAAGGUACCUUCGCGUGUCCCAGAGCGGUCAGGGUGUAUUGUAUUAACGGAAGAGGACGGUAUAGACGUAGAAGUGGAGAUUCAGGAUGCAGUUGAACGCUUUCGAUUAAAUCAUGAACAGGCUGCUGUUCUCCGGGCAUUUGCGCAAACUGUUGUCCGAGCCCCUAGAUGGGUACAGAAGCCACCAGAUACACCACCUAUUCUCUUAGUACACGGCGUCUAUGGCGCUGGGAAAAGCUUUCUUAUUGCCGUGCUGAUUGUUUUCAUUGACACCAUCAUGAACAAGGCCCGUCCAUUACCAAAGGAGCAGAGAUCCUGUCGGUUUUUGGUAUCUUCCAUGACAAAUGUUGCGGUGGACAGGGUUUUGAUAGCGCUCUUAAACCUCAAUUACACCAAAUUUGUUCGAGUUGGUAGUCUGAAAAAAGUGGCUAAGCGAAUACUUCCGUUCACUGCGCAGUCAACAUCUGCCCGAGCUGGAGAAGAUAUCAAAGAGCUGCAAGCGAUCCUAGAUGAUGAUAGUCUAUCAGCUAGUGAACGCCGUUAUGUUAAGGAAGCCAUGAAGAAAUUUCAAAAGUUCGAGAAUCGAGGGCUUGUUGAGGGUGCAAAUGUCGUAGGCACUACCUGCAUUGCAUCCACGUUCGAAGUAUUGGACGAUGUUUCGUUUCCUAUUGUCAUUUUGGACGAAGCAAGCCCUGGACAAGAAGUACAAAAUACAAAGACAAAGUCCUUCACAAACCCAGCAGAAGUCAAGUUGAUUGUUGCGUUUCUUCGGAGCUUGUUGAGCCUUAAUAUUCCUGAAGCGAGCAUAGGCGUAAUAUCACUCUAUAAAUCGCAGGCAGACAGUAUCCAAGCAGAGCUAAAUGAGCAGUUGAAAGCUUCGGGCCUUAAAGGAGGUGUACAGAUUUCCACCGUAGACGCGUUUCAAGGGUCUGAAAAGGAUCUCAUUAUUGUAUCGACAGUUCGGACAGGUUCGAUAGGGUUCAUUGACAAUGAUCAUCGUGUCAACGUUGCUCUGACUCGUAGCAAACGCCACCUUUUCAUCGUUGGUAAUUUGCAACUAUUGAGCUCAAACAGGAUUUGGGGCCCAGUUAUUAAGGGGCACUGCAGCGUUGAUAUGAAUGGCAUCAUGCAAGGCGAGCAGUUUGCUCAAAGACUGAGGUCUUUAAUACCGCUUCCGCAACAAAAUAUACUAGAGCCGACAGCCGUGAUAGAAUCAGAGGAUGACAACGAGAAUGAAGCCAUGGGUAGACAUUAUGAUGACUACGAAGAUGAAGACGGGUUAAGACAUGACCAAAACGAAAUGGAUUAUGACGGCUAUGAGCGGUCAGUCGAGCAUUUUAAUGAACGAUCUGUUUCUUCACGAAUAUAUACGCUGUACGAGACUGAUGAAGAUAGUGACGAAGAGAGUAAUGACGAGCGCAAUCAACCUCGGGACCGCAGGCAGAUGUCAGGCCACAAUAGCACAGCCCCUAAAUCUUACAUCCGAAGCUUUGCUCAAACAAAUGUGGGCGACGAUGACUAUAUUGCCGUAGAUCCAAGAUCCCUUAGCAAUCUCGAGACGGCCCCGGAUACUGCGACAAGUAGCUCGAGUUUUGAGCCCAAAAAUUCUAGGAAGUAUGUAUUAGGUAUUUUUGAGGAACAAAAUCAAGCUGUUCCUACUGAAUCAGCUCUGCAGGAUAGGAAUAUUCUUCAGUCGUCAGGAGAGGCGCGACAGAUGAAGCACGUGUCCAAAAAUGGUUUUAGCAGAAAGGCACGCGCUUCAUUGAUGGUUUGGCCAUCUAUGGCUAAGUCGUUGCCAUCAAUCAUAAAUGAGCAUCCACAGCCAGCCGGAUACCUAGAAGAUCAGGUGUUAUGGGAGGUUGGCGAAGAGGAUGAAGAAAAGGUAGAAUGCGAUGAAAGAGACGACAAGAUGACCAAUAGCCGUUUCAAAAGUAUUUUUAAUGGAAAUACUCCAGUUGAGAAUGUAGUCCUGAGCCGGAGACAAAGCCAAGAGAGGGCCAGAUCAGUGGAUCAAUUCAAACAGGAUUGGGAUAUACAGGAGCCUUUGACGUAUGGCAGUCAGCGGAUUGAAGAUCUAGAUGUCGAUUGGACGCAAGCAGAGUCUAGCGGCCAUUCACAGAAACAUAUUGCCCAUGCAGCCAGCCUGCCACCUAGGCCAGUAAGCGAAAUGAAGGACAGGUUGUAUUUUGACGAGGGCAACGGGAACGAAGACGAGGAUGACAUUGGAUACUUGGAAAUAAGUGAUGCAGAUAUGUUAUGA